UUCUUAUCCUAGCUAAAAUGCAUUUCUAGGUUGCUGUAUUUGUUUAGUGUUGUUUUAACCAAACCAGUUACUUUGCUAACUGAAAAUUGUGUUUUUAAAUGCUCAUAGAUAAAUAAGCAUCAGACUCUUCUUCCUUUUUUGCUACAGGAGCUUCGACCACAGUCUCUUGCACCAUUUCGAUUAUGUUUAUCUAUAUCUUUACUAAAAAUUUUCAUUCAUGAGCAAGGUGGCAAAUUUCAGCAGCCUAAACUAAACAUUGAGCCUGCAGUUUCGAUAUUUUCUCUCACCUCUUAUUAAAUUUCGAGACAAUCCACAAAAUUUUUAACAUAAUGAUUUGAUGGCACAUCUAAACUUAUUACUAAUGAAAGAUGAUAAAGUGCCAAAUUUAUUCCAGUACGAACAGCAGAACUUUGUAUCUUAAAUUUCAGGAGAAGAUACUAUACUUUUGAUUAAAAAAUACGAAGAACAAAAUAUUCUCUGGAAUCCAAAGCACCCAGAAUAUUAUAAUAGAAAACUAAAAAAAGCUGCGUGGGAGAAAAUCGCUGAGACGUUUCAAAAAAACGUUGGUGACGUGAAACAAAAAAUGGCUAGUCUUCUGGCAUCCUUUCGAAGAGAAAAGAAGAGAGUAAUGGAUUCUCGUAGAGGAGGAACAGGAUCGAGUGACAUAUACGUAUCACAUUGGUACGGAUACAAAUAUUUCCAUUUUCUACUUGAAAAGGAUUAUCCGAGAUCCAUAAAUACUAUUAUUGAAAUUAAGAAAAGAGCAUUGCAUGCUCUUGCUUUAUUAAGAAAGGCACGAAAUAAAAAAUCAAAUGAAAUCAACAUAGACAAAAUGUUGAAAAUCAUACUGAUAAACUUUUUGAAAGAUUAUAACCAAAACACUAGCAGGCGCAAUCCCUUUCUGCAACAUUUAGGGCAACUGCUCGACUGGUUCAGUGAAGAACAAAGAUGUUUCUUGGAAUACCAAAUAUUAAAUUUAACAUACGAAGCAACAGAAAAAGUAAUGUGGUUGAAAACAAGAAGAUUAAUGCAAUGAAACAAAAGCAAGUAACUGAAUAAUACAAUGAAAAAGA